AUGCCUCGAGAAGGAACCCAAAGAGUAAAGACGGGCUCGCGAAAGAUCAAGUGUGACGAGACUUGGCCCAAAUGCAAACGAUGUAUAACGGCGAGACGUGUCUGCGACGGCUAUGAUGCUCCUCCUGUCGGUUCUUUAUCGUGGGAUCUUCUUCUUCGCGCGCCGCAGCCUCGUUUGGUGCCCGUGACAAAGGCCCGCGAAGUACGCUCCCUGUCCUUCUUCCACCAUGUCGUGGCGCCAGCUUUGUCCGGGCCCUUUGAUGGGUCGUUUUGGACGUAUUUCGUCGCCAGGAUGAUACAUGCUGAACCUGCGGCGCGACAUACUGUUCUUGCCAUCAGUCAGCUCUUUGAAGACUUUGAGUAUUCGAAGCCGUCUGUGGACAGAUUCGCCAUUACGCAUUACAACACAGCUAUUAAUCUGCUCGUCCAUGGACCUCCGCCAUCGACGGACACUGUGCUACUGGUGUGUGUGUUGUUUAUAUGCGUCGAGUUCCUACGAGGGAAUCGGGCAGCGGCCAUCACCCAUGCCGCGCAUGGCUUGCAGCUGCUUAAUGCGGCUGGUCACAACUCUCGACUUGCAGGCACAUAUAACCAGAUAAGCGUCUUUCCAACAUUCUUUGUCGAAGAUAAUGUUGGUAGCCCUGCAAAUGGAUCUGGCGAAUGUCCUGUCUAUUCCAGCACGAGCGAAGCACAGUAUGCGCUGGACAACCUGGUCCUAAGAUCAUUAGGCGUCAUCCGAUCUGGAAAUCCGUAUCGGCUGGAAAAGAUGCCUCAGAGGCCACCCCAGGAACUCUUUGAUACACAGAGUGCAUUACAAAAAGACGUGGACGCGUGGGAGAUGGCAUUCAACAGGCUCCAAUCCACGAGGCCUGUGGAUGACCGCGAAGACACUGCGUCUUUGGCACUCAUGACGCGAAACGGUCUAAGUAAUAUGUGGCUUAAGGAGUGUUUGAAGCAAGAUGAGAUGUGUUUUGAUGACCAUAAAGAUGAAUUUGUUCAGAUACUGGCAUGGGCGCGCAAAGCAGCAGAGAAACUUGAAACCCGACGUCAAAAGCCAACAAGGUUUACUUUUGAAACGGGGUUCAGUCCGAUGCUUCAUUUCAUGGUUUACAAGUGUCGAUAUCUGCCGUUGCGCCUGGAAGCGCUAUCCCUCUCGCAGAGGCUAUCGAGUGAGAGGGAGUCUCUAUGGGAUGGGUCGCUGAUAUACACCUUGUCAAGACUCAUUGUCGAGGUUGAGCAUGGCAUCGACCUUUCGGGGGAGUUUGAUGCUAACGAUGAUUCAUUACCACCUGACUCGAAGAGAAUAAGAGGGUUUCUGUUUGCAGGACGUCAAGAGCCGCUGAUAUGGGAUACAUCAGCAGCUGAUGUGGUGUAUUUCCGCAUGUGGAGUCCAGAAAGCGGGUGUACAUAUCGAAAAGAGUCUUUGACGAGGACUCAAAGGUUGUGUUGUCAAGAAACAGCGACACAAAGGACAGAGAGACAGGACAGUCCUAUAUCAUAUUAG